UGAGGGCGUGACGAAAAGCGGAGCGUCAGUUGAAGAUGGCGGCGCGGAGUGUUGCACUGUUGAGGCGGCUGGGGAGCUGCCAUUGCAGGUCUGCGGCCGGGGUGCAGGCCUUGGUUCCCCGCCGGGCCGUCGGACACUCUCCUCGCGAUGAGGCUGCAUCCACCACCCUAGUCCAGGAGCCCCCCCUCGGUGUCGGGCAUGGAGACGCUCCGCAUCGCGAGGUCAACCUGUAUGAUAAGAACCCGGAUUACCACGGUUUUAGCGCGGACCCAGCGGUGGACGUGUGGAACAUGAGGCUGGCGUUCUUCUGCGGCAUCUCCGUGGCCAUCGUCAUAGGCUCGGCGUUUGUUCACUACCUGCCGGACCGAGGGAUGCGGCAGUGGGCCCGGAGGGAGGCCGAGCGGCAGCUGAAGCAGAGAGAAGCCGAGGGGCUCCCGGCCAUCAGCAUGAACUACUUCAACCCCGACAAGAUCAUCCUCCCUCCCGAGGGCGAGGAGUGAGGGGCCAGUCCAGCCCCGAGUGUCUGACUGCUGAUAAUAAAGUAUUGAAUUACCUCAG